AGAAGUAAUAAUGUCAUGACGAUAAAUCCCAUGAAGAGGUCAAUAUAAUACAGACCAAUUAACUAUAUAAACACAACACCAAGGCAACCAAUGAUAUAUCGUCCAAGUUUUAACUUCAUAAAAACCGCGUAGGUGAAAGUAAUCAUUCGAGUACACAUGAUCAAAUUUGAAAAAAUGUUGGUAGCUUUUUUUAUCUGUGCAUUGAUGAUAACCAACAUAAUCCAGGUGAAUGCCAACUUUUCAAAAAGCAUGUACCUCACCUGGGGUGCUCAACAUGCAUCAAUUGUGGGUGAAGAUCUUCACCUAGUCUUAGAUAAAACCUCAGGAUCAGCUGCUCGCUCAAAGAGAUCUUUCUUAUUUGGAAGUAUUGAAAUGUUAAUAAAGCUGAUACCUGGUAAUUCCGCAGGAAUAGUCACAGCCUACUAUUUAUCUUCGACAGGAAGCCAACAUGAUGAGAUAGAUUUUGAGUUCUUAGGUAACAGUACAGGACAACCAUACACAGUCAAUACUAACCUAUUUACACAAGGAAAAGGGAGCAGAGAGCAACAAUUUCACCUCUGGUUUGACCCAACUGCUGAUUUUCACAAUUACACCAUUCACUGGAAUCCCACAGAAAUUGUAUGGUAUGUUGAUAGCAUGCCAAUACGGGUUUUCCGAAACUACGAACACGAAGGCAUUGCUUAUCCAAACAAGCAAGGAAUGAGGGUUUAUACAAGCCUAUGGAAUGCAGAUAACUGGGCAACAAGAGGCGGACUCGUGAAAACCGAUUGGAGCAAAGCACCAUUCAAAGUAGGGUUUCAUCAUUUCAGAGCAAGAGCUUGCAAGUGGAAUGGAGCAGCAAGCAUUAAUCAAUGUGCCUCUAAUGUCAAAGCAAAUUGGUGGACAUCUUCGGUAUACAAACACCUUAGUUAUGGAAAGAUAAGGCAGUUGAAUUGGGUGAAGAAGAAUUUCAUGACCUAUGACUAUUGCAAAGAUUACAAAAGAUUCAACGGACACAUCCCUCAUGAAUGCUUCAAAACACAAUUCUAAUCCUAAAUUCUAGUUCUAAUUCUAAUCUAAGCAUUUGCCAUAAAUAGCCAUUUCUUUGCAAUUUGUCACAGUCUUGGUGAUUUACUGAUUUCAUUCUUGUAUUGAAUUGAAUCAAAUUACUAUUAUCUUAUAAUAAAUGAAAUGAUAAUAAAUUUCCAUGAA